AAGAAGAGUAAAGUUGUAUGCUUAGGGAAAGGGGAUGCUCAGGCCUCAUUACGAAACCGACCCUUGUUUCUCAGAAGGAUUUCCAGUCUCUCCGGCGCACCUUCUAGCUCCAAAGCCUGCCAACACGCCGCAAGUCCCAAGCCUUUCCGAUCUCAAAGAAGGGAAAGGAUCAACAACAAUCUCAUCAGAUUCUUUAUGAGGAGCUUGAUCACAAGCUUUGAUGGUGAGGCUUGUAAAAUUUAGAUGCUAGUUGCUCUUAUCACGUUCUCUCUCGGCUUGGAUCUCCCGAGUUCUUGCCUACACGUGCUUUGUACUUCUCCCAUUUAAAGCAACCCACUUGCAAAGUUUCUGCUGCAUCUGAACAUGUGGUCUUCCAAUUAAGUUCUACUUCUCCCAUAAGACAGCAAUUGAGCAUCUCUUUUUUUGCAAAGAACUUCAGCUUACUCUUUAAAAGAAGCACAACUUAUUGGAGAAAAAAAAAAUUGAAUAUGGAUAAAAGUUGGAUGAUGGAGAAUAAAUAUUCUCAAAGGUAUGCAUCAGGAGUAUCAUUCUUUAUGAAAUUUGUGCGUGACAAUAUGGGAGUACGAUCGAAAGUUCGAUGCCCUUGUUUGGAAUGUUUGAAUGUAUUUAUUAGAAGUCAAGAUGAAGUUAAGGACCAUUUGUUGCUACAAGGAAUGUCACAAAGCUACACCAAGUGGAUUUAUCAUGGUGAGAAAUUUAAUUCUGAAGCUCCAAGUAUUGCGAAUCCAAGAAACGGUAACAUGAAUAAUAGUCUUGAUGAUAAUGGUGGACCAAUGGAUGAUGGGAUGCAUGAUAUACUAGAAGACAUUUUUCCUAGAAUUGAUGACAACGAAAUUGGCAACAAUGGUGAAUUUAAUUCAAAUCCAAGUGAGGAAGAAACUAAAAAAUUCAGCAAAUUAUUGAAUCAUGCACAAUGUAGAUUAUUACCGGAAUACACAGAUAUGUCUAUGUUGACUUUUAUUGUGAAAUUGCUACAUGCAAAGGUGUAUACACAAAUGAGCAACAAAUCAGUGAACAUGAUAUUGCAAUUGUUAAGAGAGGCUUUUCCAACUAGUACGAUUCCAUCAUCGUAUUAUGAGGCUACAAAAACUUUGAGGGACUUGGGGCUUAAUUAUGUACCUAUUCAUGCUUGUAAAUUUGAUUGUGCUUUGUUUUGGGGUGAAUUCGAGGAUAAACAAUAUUGUCCUGUGUGUGGCACAUCAAGAUGGAAGUUCAUUGAUAAAAAAAUUCCUUGGAAGGUCUUGCGUUAUUUUCCUUUGAAACCGAGAUUGCAGAGAUUGUUUAUGUCAAAGAAGAUAGCGAAAGAUAUGCAAUGGCAUUCUGAAAAACGAAUUGAUGAUGAUAUGUUAAGGCAUCCAGCUGAUGGAGAUGCAUGGAAAGAAUUUGACAAGGAGCAUGAAUGGUUUUCUCAAGACCCACGUAAUGUUCGAAUGGGCAUAGCAACUGAUGGGUUUAACCCUUUUGGCAUCAUGAGUUCUACCUAUAGUGUGUGGCCUGUUGUGGUAAUGCCGUAUAAUCUUCCACCUUGGAAAUGCAUGAAAGAGCCAUUUGUGAUGAUGUCAUUACUUAUUCCUGGAAGAAAUUCUCCUGGCAAAGAUAUUGAUGUCUACUUAAGACCAUUAAUAAAUGAGUUAAGAGAUUUAUGGGAAGUUGGUGUUCACACUUAUGAUGCAUACAAAAAAGAAAAAUAUUUUCAGUUGCAUGCAACAAUUAUGUGGACUAUAAAUGACUUUCUAACUUAUGGGGAUUUAUCUGGUCAGAGCACAAAAAGAUAUCUGGCAUGUCUGGUUUGCAAUAAUGAAACUCCUUGUAUAAGGCUAAGAAACAAAAUUUGUUAUAUGCAUCGUCGUCACUUUUUACUUAAAGACCAUGUUUGGCGGAGAAGAAAAUUGUUUGAUGGUCAACCAGAAAAUAGGUCAAAGCCAAGGAAGCUAUCUGGGACAGACUUGUUGGAACAAUUGGCGGCUAUUAAAGACACUAAUUUUGGAAAGCAUCCGAACAACAAAAAGCGGAAAAGAUCCCCGGAAGAGUUGAAUUGGACUAAAAGGAGUAUUUUGUUUGAGUUGCCUUAUUGGAAAACAUUGAAAUUACGACAUAAUCUUGAUGUCAUGCACAUUGAGAAGAACAUUUGUGAGAGUAUUCUUGGCACACUGUUGAAUAUAGAAGGCAAGACUAAGGAUACGAUAAUUGCAAGGUUAGAUUUAGAAGACUUGAAUAUUAAGAAAGAGUUGCAUUUGAAAAAGCAAUCAAAUGGUUCUUACUUGAUGCCUCCUGCAUGCUACACAUUGUCAAAGGAUGAGAAAAAGAAGUUCUGUGAAUUUUUGAAAUAUGUGAAGUUCCCAGAUGGAUACGCAUCAAACAUCUCACGAUGUGCAAAUGCCAAUGAUGGUAAGCUUUCAGGAUUGAAGAGUCACGAUUGCCAUAUUCUUUUACAAAGGCUACUUCCAGUUGCCAUUCGAAAUUUUGUAUCGAAAGAUGUCUUCCAAGCAUUGGAUGAAUUGGCCAAUUUCUUUAGGCUGUUGUGUUGUAAAACAUUGAAGAAAAAGGAUUUGCUAGUUUUGGAAGCUGAUAUUAUUAUCAUUUUGUGCAAGCUGGAAAAAAUUUUUCCACCUGCCUUUUUUGAUGUGAUGGUGCAUUUAGCCCUACAUUUACCACAAGAAGCCAUGCUUGGAGGGCCUGUGCAUUACCGAUGGAUGUAUCCCAUAGAAAGGUUCUUAGGUAAGUUGAAAGCAUAUGUGCGAAAUAAAGCUCGUCCAGAAGGAUGCAUUGCAGAAUCAUAUAUUUAUACUGAAUGCUUAACAUUUUGUUCAAUGUAUUUGUCUGGUAUUGAGACUAAAUUUAAUCGAGAGGAGAGAAACUAUGAUGGAUUGAAGAACAUGAAUGAUCGACAAUUAUCAAUUUUUUCAACAACUGUUCGUCCCUUUGGUGCUUCAAAAUUCAACAUCUUAUCAGAGCAAGAGUUUAAAAUGAUUCAGUGGUAUAUUCUAAAUAAUUGUGAUGAAGUUGAACCAUACUUACUGAAAUAUAAGAUGGAGCUUGAUCAACAAAGUUCAUUUUCAUAUGAAGAAAUACAAAAAGAACGAUUUCCCAUUUGGUUUAAAACACAAAUUACCUCAUUACGAAAUCAAGGGUUAGAAGAAGUUUCUGAUGAGCUCUUUGCACUAGCUUACGGUCCAGAUGCACGUGUUAGAAAGUACACUGGUUGCAUUGUUAAUGGGGUUAGGUUCCACACGAAGGAGCAUGAAUUCCAUUUGAGAAGUCAAAACAGUGGUGUUGUUGUUGAAGGAAAUCAUGAAGCCAAUGAAAUUGACUUUUACGGUGUUUUGACUGAUAUUAUUCAAUUGGAUUAUAUAAAAGAUUGUAAGGUGGUUAUUUUUAGGUGUCAAUGGUUCGACCUUGGUGGUAAGAGAAGAAUUCAUAAAGAUGGACAUUUAACCAGCAUCAUGGUUAAUAGAUUUUGGUAUGAGAAUGACCCUUUUAUUUUGGCAAUUCAAGCAAAACAAGUUUUUUAUGUGGAUGACAUCAAGUUGGGGAGAGAUUGGAAAGUGGUACAAAAGUUUCAUCAUAGGCAUUUGUUUGAUGUUCCAGAGAUGCAAGACAAUGAAAAUUCAGAAAUAUUUGAUGUGGAUGCUAACAUUGAUCAAGAUACUGAAAUUUAUGGAAGUGAGAGGAUUUUCCAGAUUGAGGAUAAUGGAGAAAGACCUUUGAAUAGGCAAGACAUUGCUGCGGAAGUCAUAGAUUCAGAAUUUAUUGAAAGAAAUAAGAAAACUAAUGAAGAUCCAUAUCUGGAAGACAUUGAUGAAAACAUCAAUGAGGUGGAGGAAUUUCAAAGUAGCGAGGAUGAUGACAGUGAUUUAGAUCCUUUUACGCCAUAUUGUUCUGGAGAAUGGUGUUGGAAAUAUGCAAUGAACAAGACCAAUUAUCUAUGUAGACAGAAGUAUGCUGCUGUUGCCAUGGCUUACCUAGAUCUCCAUCCGUCUAACCUCUAGUUUACUGUCAAAUCUAGUUUUCUUAAAUUCUUGUAUUAAGCACUUUGUACUUUGUAGUUU